AUGGCACCCUCGAGGGCAUUCUGGACCACGUCGAGAACGACACUCGGAGCAGCAAGGUCUCCAGUCGUAUCCCGCACGUCAAUACUACAGAAACGAUGCAUCUCAGCAUACGGCUACGAGCAAGCCAAAUGUCUCGUGCUUGACAAGCUCGGUGAACCAAAAGACGUGCUUCGUCUGCACGGCCACAGUAUCRGUCCCCCAACGGGUGAUUUAUUGACGGUCAAAUUUCUGGCCUCGCCCAUCAAUCCCGCCGAUAUCAACCAAAUCCAGGGUGUAUACCCUACCAAACCCUCUUGGACCACUUCCCUCGGCACACCCGAGAACAUCGCCGUGGGCGGUAACGAAGGCGUGGCAGAAAUCAUCUCGAAGGGUGGGAACGUCAAAGGGAUUGAAAAGGGCGACUGGGUCGUCUUCAAGAAACAAGGCUUCGGCACAUGGCGAACACAUGCUCAGACAACUGCCGAUAAUCUCGUGCCGAUCAAGAAUAAAGAUGGGCUGAGACCAGAGCAAGUCGGCACGGUAUCGGUGAACCCAUGUACAGCCUAUCGUAUGCUCAAGGACUUUGUAGACCUGCAACCUGGCGAAUGGUUCAUCCAAAAUGGGGCCAACUCAGGAGUGGGUCGCGCUGCGAUUCAAUUGGGAAAGCUUUGGGGAUACAAGAGCAUCAAUGUUGUUCGCAAGCGUGAGAGUGGACAUGAGGAACUUGUUCAAGAUCUCAAGAACCUGGGAGCAGAUGUGGUGGUCACAGAUGAAGAGCUCAGCAGCAAAGAUUUCCGCGAGAAGCUCAAAGAGUUGACCAACGGUGGUCGAGAACCAGUUCGCUUGGGCAUGAACUGCGUUGGUGGUGCACUGGUCAACAACAUGGCAAAGCACCUCGCAGCAGGUUCUCCAAUGGUCACAUAUGGUGCCAUGUCGAAGCAGCCGGUCAGUCUGCCCAUGGGUCUGCUUAUCUUCAAGGACAUCAGCUUCCAUGGGUUCUGGGUCAGCAGGUGGAGCGACAAGAAUCCGGAAGAGAAGAACGCCUGUGUACAUGAGAUACUGGACUUGACACGGCAGGGCAAGUUCCAAGAUGUACCGAUGCAAGCUGUACAAUGGAACCACGGCACGAAGCAGGACGAGCUGGUGGAUGCUGUACAGGGAACUCUGGAGGGAUACAGAAGCGGCAAGGGUAUUUUCAUGUUCGGUGAUACGUAG